AUGAGCAAUUUUAUAUUAUUUGGAGCCUCAGAUUCAACCUUUUUUUAUGUUAUACUUACAGCUUUAAAAUUUAUUUUUUCAGCUUUAAUAGGUUUUAUAAUAGAUCAUGUUUAAUAUACAUAUAAUCUACUAUUUGGAAGUUAAUUAUUAAUUUUAUUUUCCUAUGCCUUUUAUCUAGUAUUUAUUGUGUAACUUUGUUCUUAAUAAUUAAUUAUAGAUUACUUGUAUUUUGCAAAUGCAUUUUUAAUAUUGGGUUAAUAGUUAGGAUCUAUUAUUAUUUUAACAUUAAUUUCAAAGCAUUAUUAGAGAGAUUAGAUUCCUUAUUAAAUAUCUUAUUUUCAAAAAUAUGGCUUUAGUGGAAAAUUAUUCUGUUCUGUAAUAGUCUUAAUACUAUACAUAAUUAUUAAUUUUUAAGAUAAAUUAACAACAGAAACUCUUUUAUUAAUAAAUAAAUAAAUCAUCAUUAUUUUAUCAAUUAUUCCUUUUAUAAUAUUAUUGGUAAUAUCAAUAUUUCUACAUUAAACAUUUGUGUUUUUUAAAUUAGAGGCUGAAGAGUUAAUGCCAGAAAUUAAGUUCAUUCCUGUUUAAUAAAAAGGAAAUUUACUUAAUGCUAUAAAAAAUAUUUUCAAAACUGAUAGUGCAUGGAUUGCUUUAUCAGCAGGAAUAAUAAUGGGAAUUAUUAAAAUUUGGUUAGCUUAUUAGGAGAAUUAAGUUAUUAAGAAACACGCGGAUGAGAUUUUUGAGACUUUUGGAAUUUAUAUGUAUUUUGAAUUACCAACUAUUAUAAGUAAAUAAUUCUUACAUAUAUAGGUUUGAGUUUGGUUUCAACAAUUAUUAAAAAUUUUGAAAUUGAAACAAUAUCUCUUUAAGCAUUGAUUGACAAAGCAAUAGAUUCUUUUGUUUUUUUUUUAUUAUCAAUUUUAUUAUCUACUUCUAUUGUUAAUGAUCAAAUUGGAAAAAUAAUAAUAUUUGGAAUAAUUAGAAUAUUUUAAUAAUACUAUUUAACAGUUAUAUCAGUAUUUAAUAAUAAAAACUAAAUUAGAUCUCUGGUGCCAGUAUUAUAGGUAUGUAAAAAGAGAAUUAUAAAAAUUAAGGAUUAACUUUUGGUUUACUUGGAAUGAUUGAGAAUGGUUUUGCAGUUUGGGUUGUUUUAGCAAUGUAAUUUGGAUUUAAAGCAGAAAAUGGUAUUAUCUAUGGAUUUGCAUUUGGAUAUUCUUUAAUUAGUAUAAUUUCUAGUAAAAUGCUUUAAUUUGACAAACAAGUUAAUAAAUUAGGACAUAAAGUAUACUCUAUAGAAUAAAAAAUUGAUAAUGUUGAGUCUUAAGAAGAAGAGUCAUGA